AUGGCUCCUACGAUACCUACCAAACGCCGUUCCCUGCGCGCCAAGAUAGCAGCAAAAUCAGAUGGCAGUGUCUAUGCGCCGCGCAAGGUGCCUCGACAUGAUGCCGUCGAUGUAUCGGACUCGUUUCUCAACUCGAAAAAGGACAAGCGGCUGGUGAAGCACUCGUCGUUUGUCUCGCGCAUCGAAAAGUCAAACCAAAAGUCGCUCAAACGCCGUCGACCAGGCAAGAAGCUUGUGACCGACCUCGACUCCCUCAAAAAGGCGCUGCCAGAUCUUCUGGCUGAGGGCGAGACCGAGGAGAGCCUCCAGCAGCUCAAAGAGGGCAAGAUUAGGCUGAAGAGCUUGAAGAGCAGGAAAGGCGCACUCAAAAAGAAAGAAAAGGUCGUCAAGGGCGAGGUUGAGCGCUUCCGAGGAAGCCUGGCCAGGCUCAAUGCCGUCGGUGCCACACCUCAGGAGCAGCCUUCCGACAGCAUCCAAGUAGUAGAAACUACUGGAGCGGACCUUCAGCAACAACAAGCUCAAAAUGCCACGGCCAGCCGUUGGGCUGCACUGAGAGGGUUCAUCUCGGCCACCAUGGAGCAAAACCCGGCAUUCAUUGAGAAAAGACCAGAUGCCAAGUGA